UGCGCUUCUCUCUCUAUAAACCGAUGGAUGGAUACGCUGCUUCGAUAAAUUCCACUGGCCCCUUCUUCUUCCUCCUCCGUCACCGAUUCCUCCCCUAAUUCGCUCGGCCCCUUCACACUCUCGAACCUCUCCUCCUUCUCCACCUCUUGAUUCGCCGCGCCUCAACAUCUUGGGCCUCACCGCCGUCUUCGGGGGCUCGGCCUGCUUCCGCCGGAGCCGUCUAUCUGCGAGCGGCGUCGCCAUCGUCCUCCGCUUCCCCCGCCCUCUGCUGGUGGAGCUGGACCGGCGCGCAGCGGAGAUCUAUCCGGAGUUGGAUUCGCUCCUUCCCUUGGUGAGCCAGAGGAUGACAGAUGCACUUGCCAAAACCAGAAGCUAGUUUUGACCCAACUCGUACAAACUCAGUCGCACACCAGCAGCAGAUGGAACUAGGUGGAAACAGCAUGGCUUCUAAUAAUGGAGCAGAUAACAGUACCAACUUGGCUGCGAGGCAACGCUUACGGUGGACAGAUGAACUUCAUGAAAGAUUUGUUGAGGCUGUUACUCAGCUUGGUGGCCCUGACAGUAUGUGUCCAUUCUGCAGAGCAACUCCUAAAGGAGUUCUGAGAAUUAUGGGUGUUCCUGGAUUGACAAUAUACCAUGUGAAAAGCCAUUUGCAGAAAUACCGGCUGGCAAAGUAUAUCCCCGACUCAUCGACUGAUGGUAACAAGGCUGAUAACAAAGACCCAGGGGAUUUGCUUGCAGGACUUGAGGGAUCCUCUGGAUUGCAGAUCUCUGAAGCCCUCAAGCUACAGAUGGAGGUCCAAAAGCGGCUGCAUGAGCAGUUAGAAGUACAAAGGCAGCUGCAGUUGCGAAUUGAGGCUCAGGGCAAGUACCUCCAGAAGAUCAUCGAAGAGCAGCAGCGUCUUACGGGUGUAAAACCUGAAACACAUCUUGCAGGUGCUUCUGUUACAGUAUCAGGCGAUCAAUUCACCGACUCUGAGAGGACUGAACCCUCAACUCCAGCACCUACAUCUGAGUCACCAACUCAAGGUGUCCCUUCCAAGAGGGACCAUGGAGGCCGAGCUGAAGCAACCAAGAGCCCCUGCCAUGAUGAUUCUCUCUCCCGCCGUGAACCGCUAACCCCUGAUUCCAAUUGUCAGCCUUGUUCUCCUACCGCUAGUCCAAAGCAUGAGAGGGCAACGAAGAGGCAGCGAGGCAAUGGUACUGACUUAUUAGAGGCGGAGGAUUCCCUUCCGCGCCUCAUCUUCGAGUCGUGCUCAGGCUCCGAGUUCCAACAAUAUUUUAUGUCCUAACCAGAUCAUUAGUCCCCGGUUAUUGCAUUAUUGCCAGUUUGUUCAAGAGGCUGACGUGUAUGCUUGUUGGUAGUUCAGUUGUUGGUAGAAUGUUGUUGUGUCAAGGGAUAGUAUUGUUGGUAGACAAAGUUGUAGGUGUUGGGGUGGUUGUUUACGUGAUAUACAUGGCAGCUAUUUAAGUUCCAAGGUUUGUGACGUGUAUGCUUGUUGGUAGUUGAGUUGAGAUGUCUUAGGCUGGGCUAUGGUACCCACCAUAAUGUAAAACUUGUAUUCUCCAGAUAAUCCUGAGUCGACGGAAGUGUUAACACGAAGUUAGUCCGUUUCGGUUGUACAAUCUGAA